GGUCACAAAACGGAAUAGAGAAAUCGUUCGACCACCCCAGAAGCUAAGUGACUGAACGGAGCAGAACCAGCAGAACCGCAUGUUCCCUUUCCUUCUACGCCUGGCUGCAGAUCUCCACGGCUGUCCUGAAGCAUCCAGUCAGGAACGGGAUCAACCACCCUUCCUGGCAGAGCAGACCCAGAUCCCCAGACCGCUUGGACAUUGACCCGUCCCCUGUGUGGUUCUGGACUAGUUCCUCACCAUUCUCCAGAUCAUUUGUUUUUACCAGGUGAGAUCUGUCAUGGCGCUCCAGGUGGAGAGAGAUGAUCGGUGAUCUUCUUCCAUUUUCUAUCAUUCCUCCAACAGUUGAUCUCCUUUCUCUACACUGCUGUUAAUCCCAGACAGGUUCAUUCCAGCCUGGUUCCAUCUACAAUCUUGUCCCUGGUGUGCUUUGACAGCUAUUUGGUCUUUUAGAUAGCAGCAGUUGUAAUGACCAGGAGGACACAGAUGUUUUCCUUUAAAUUUUUGUUUGUUUCCCAGCAGACAUCUAUAGCUCUAAUCCUUCAAGCCCUCAAACUCUUUAUAUGACUGAAUAUUUUCCUUAGUGUUUAAUUCUGUUUCUGCAAAAGAAAAGCGGGAAGAGUCCAAAGCCAAAGCUCGGUGUUCUCCUGCAGAACUUUCGUGGAUCAUUCCUAAACGUUCUGCAGAUGUCGGGUUUCAUCGUGGCUCCGGUUCUGACCUGCUGCGCCGCGGCGGAGGCGUGGGGCCAGCCCGCCGGCGGGCGUGUGGAGCCGGGCGGCGCUCAUGCGCGGAUGCGCAGCUCUGACUGUCCGCUGCGCUGCAGCUGCGCAGACUCGGACAGACCGCAGCCAUGGCCAGUGAGUAGCCUAGUUCAUUUACACUGGAGCAUCUGCGUGUAGUGCUUUUGCGUGUCUCCCCCCCCCUCAACCCCCCGGAGGUGUGAUCUGGAAACCAUGGAGCGCCGCGGGACUGCCAGGAGUCCACGGAGCAGCGCGCGGGGCUUCCGUCCUCUACUGGCCGCGUGGCUGCUCGGCUUUCUGCUGGCGGGGAUGCGCCCCGCCGCCGCGCUGCCGUCUCGCAGGUUAGAGGAAGAAGCUCACAGCACUGUGCUGCUGGUUGGGAUCCGGCAGGACGCCCGGACACAGGUCCUUCACCUGUCCAGGAACAAGCGCUACACGCUAACCCCAGAGAAGCUGAAGUGGGACAAGUUCAAGCUCACAUACAAGUUGCUCUCCUUUCCUACAAACCUGAUCAACGCCAGCGACACCCGCCGAGGUCUGGCCAAGGCCUUCGGCAUGUGGAGCGACGUGUCCCCGUUCACCUUCAGGGAGGUGCCAGCCGACGAGGAGGCAGACAUUAAGAUCGGUUUCUACCCCAUCAACCACACAGACUGUCUGCAGUCCUACCUGCACCACUGUUUUGACGGCAUCACGGGGGAACUGGCGCACGCCUUCUUCCCGCCAACAGGAGAGAUCCACUUUGACGAUGAUGAGUACUGGAUUGUUGGAAACAUGCGCUUCAGCUGGAAGAGAGGGGUUUGGCUGACGGACCUGAUCCACGUAGCGACUCAUGAAAUCGGCCACGUGCUCGGGCUCAUGCACUCCAUGAACCCCAAAGCCAUAAUGCACCUGAAUGCAACACUGACAGGACGCAAACUGAUCACGCAGGAUGAGGUGUGGGGCCUGCACCGCCUGUACGGAUGCUUGGACCGCUUGUUUAUCUGUCGUGCCUGGGCCCGGAAAGGUUACUGCGACAGCAAGCGCAGGUUGAUGCAGCGGCACUGCCCCUCCAGCUGCGACUUCUGUUACGAAUUCCCGUUCCCCACUGCAGCCCCUACCCCGCCUCCCCCCAGGACCAAACACAAGCUGGUGGUGGAGGGAAAGAAGCUGACGUUCCGCUGUGGGAAGAAAAUCGCCUCAAAGAAAGGCAAAGUUCACUGGUUCAAAGAUGGCGAGCUGCUGGAGUACUCACACCCCAACUACAUCUCCCUGAAGGACGACCACAUCACCAUAGUGGCCAACGCCAUCAACGAGGGCACAUACACGUGCGUGGUAAAGAAGAAGGACAAAGUUCUCACCAGCUACUCGUGGAGGGUGCGUGUGCGCUUCUGAAGCCGCGCUGCAGGGCACGUGCUCGCUUCAUCUCGUUACUCACCAUCGCUGACCGUCUCCAUCAUCUAGUCACAGCAUUUUCUGAUCAUUACCGCUCUGGGACCACCGGCACUCGACUGGAAAAUCAAACCCCGGCUGUUCGUGGCAGACUGCACAGAUUGUAUUUAUUUUAGAGACCCCCCCACGUUUCCGGGGGUCAUCCAGAUACAGUCGUGAGGUCCAGACCCCUCUCAAACAGGAGCCUCAUAUCUGUGAUCAGAGUUCAUUUGGGAAUGAACGCGGCGCCUCAGAACGGAUUCUGGAAUGAAAUCUGAACGUUUCCAGAAGGUCACGGCACCGCCGGCAGCCUCUGCACCGCAGACCAGGAGAUGACUUUACUGCUCUGACCAUGACGCCAGCAGCCGCCCGGCGCUUUCCCUCCCAACUCCACAUCAGGUGAAGUAGAGCAGAUGAAGCGUCUUCAAGAAGGUUUCCAUGUUUGCAGACGGACGUUUCCUUUGCUACAAUCAGAAGAUCUAUGGGUUCUGGUCUGAUGGUGUAAUAAAAAAACUGUCAAAGCUUU